GCAAAAGCUCAGUGCUCAACUCGCUCAGUGAUCUGGGAAAUCUGGCGAAAUCGUCGAGCAUCGGAAGUAGCGUCACCUGUGUUCCCACAGAAUACUCUGGGGCAUACCCCGGCCAAAGAAAGAAUUGCUAUGCGUACAUCCACUAUUUCGACAUCAAAGAGAUUCGCUCCAUGCUUCAAGAGCAACUCUGGGACUACAACGUCUAUCAAUUCGAACGCGACCAGCAGUGGGCACCCGAGAUCGUUACUGGCUAUCAGCUCAAGAACCAGAAUGCCUUCAAAACCUUUCGAACUUUGUUUUGCGACCUCCUCGAGUUCAAGGAUAAUGACCGCGCCCGUGAGACGUUAGAGAAAGCGUACAACAAAAACGACAAUCGGCUACUCGAAAAGAUUGUGGGAUCGUGUGAAGAGAAGCUGAGAAACAAGAUUACAGACCAAGGAUACUUCGAAUGGCGCGCAGCUAACACACUCGAAGCGCUGCGGAAAAAGAUUGACCCUCUGACCUUGUCCGGGCGCAAGUUCGAUCAGCCUGCAUUGUGGCCCCUCAUCCGGCAAGUCAGUAUCUUCGUCCGAGGUCCGCGCAUUCUCAACGACAUCACCAUCGUCGAUCUUCCUGGCAUAUCGGACACCAAUGAGUCUCGUGCGAAUCUGACGAAAGAGUACAUCAAAUCUUGCGACUGCGUCUGGAUUGUGUCAAGGAUAGACCGGGUUGUCGAUGAUGAUACGGCGCUGCGCCUGCUAUCCACCUACGGCCGGGUGUUCAAAGGCAGUGUCGCGGUCAUUUGUACACGAUCCGACGACAAUAUUGCCAACGAGCAGCAGCAAUUGGCCGAAGACCUGCAAAGUCGUGGACAAGACAUGGCCCGCUUCCAACAGAUAACCAUCAAUUUGAAGACAAUCGAGACUCAAAUCGCCCAGGCGAAGAGCAAACUUCGCACAGCUCGAGCAAGCGGAGCGCAGGCGGUGACGAAGAAUGCGGAGGUUGUUCGGUUGAAAGCUGCGUCGGUUUCGUUGAAACGCCAGCGCCUCGCUUCAUUGGUCCAGGCGCGCAAUGCCUGGGUCACCGAGCAGCUUCAAGAAAAAGCCCAGCACAAUCUACCUGCAGGUGAUGUGCUGCAGGUCUUCUGUGUGUCGAACUCGCAUUAUGCCGCCGCCAGAGGCCUCGUCAAGCAUGAAGGCCUUACGCUGGAAGCCGCUGCCACCGGGGUACCAGCUUUGCGUGCGUUUGCGCUCACCCUUCCUGCAUCGAAGCUUCUUCGUGAGCUCGACGACUACAAAAGCAAUUUGUUUGUUUUCCUCAAGAACUUGGAACUCUGGGUGAGCAAGUCUUCCGUCGAACCUCGUCGAGGACUUAUGCAGCAUGUCAAGCGCCCGUACAAUGAGCUUACGAAACACAUGCUGCCUCGCAAGGGAGAGUUCGAGCGAGUGCUAAGAGACACCAUUACAACUCCGAUGCGUGCUGUGCGCCACGCUGCCACUAAAGCAGCACUCGAAGUGACUGCAGGCAAGAGCAGGAAUAUGCAUCACUCCUCCAUUCGGGCAUUCAUCAGGAAACGCGGCACGCAUGCUACGAGUGUGUGCCCAGAACAAUGCUGGAACGAAGAAUUCUCGGAAGUAUCCUCGGACAAAGCCAUGUCCGCCAUGCCGGCCUUGGAAGCUGAAUUGCUCGGAGCCGACGGCAAGUUGGAAGCCAAGGCUCACAAGGAUCUCCGAGCGGUCAUCACAGUUCUCCGUGGUACCCAACACAUCUAUUGGCCUUCUUCGUUUCAAUGCUAACGAUGCUAGGCCAACCCUAUCACGCCUCCAUUCCUGUGGAAACACUGAAACAGCUGGUAGAAGGCCAUGUCCUUGGCAUCAGCAACGCGUUCAGGGAUGCUGCUGAGGCCCGUGAGAGGCACCUGCGGUACGCCGAACCAUCCCUCAUGAUAAGAGACCGUUGGCUGAU